UAUUACAAAGCUACCAUUACACAUCGGAAUAAUGAGAACCGAAUAAUACAAACCAUAAUUUUUAAUGUGUUUCUUUACAGACUGUCUUGUUAUUAUUAUACAGCUAAAACCACCAUCCACUUAUUUUUUUAUUGUUUAUCCUCCACAAUUUUUGCGCCAAUUUGUAAAUUUUGACAAUGAGUUUCAUCGGCUUCGAUUUUCAUUUUUGUUCCUUUGUUCAUUGUCACACAUUGUGAAUGGUCGAUGUGAAUUAUACAGCUGUUACCCGUGUAUCAAACAAUCACAAUAGCCGAUUGUAAGUAUUGGGUACAUUUGUUCGAGGAAAUAGCAUUAUUGGCAUUAGUGUGAGAAUACAGGAAAAAAUAUAUAGCCAUUUUUUUUGGACAAAUCCGAUUUUCCGCCAUAUUAUAUUUACCGGCUUUUUUCAAAAUAUUUACAUUUUUGCAAUGUAAACAAACUUUCCAAUACGUUAAUUUAAAAUAAAUAGGAAAUUUACCGAAAGCCACAAAAAAGCGAGAAGUGAAAGGUUGUGGUGGCAGUGGCAAAGAACAAAAAAUGCGUAGACAAACAACACAGAAAACGAAAACCAACAACGCGUCUGCCAAACCAUAAAUACGGAGAAAAACAAAGCGAAAAAAACAAAGUUCCGCAGAAGAAAAGUGUCGAUAAUUGCAUUAGAAUCAAGAUAAUUUUGUGCAAAGAACAUUUAAUUCCAUAAAAUACACAAUUAUAGAGUGGUCACAUAAUGAACAUCCACAAUUUCGCUUUGGGCUCUGGCAGCUCGGCGCCUAUUGUGAAUAAUCUCUCGUUGGCUUCUGCUGCAGUACCAGUGACACAUAGUGCUACAACAUCACCUUUAUACUUUACACACAUCUUACCUCCAUCCACGACCAUCAUUGAACAGCCCUACACGUCCGAUUUGGAAGAACCAAUUACCACCUGUGGCCCCGUAGGCGAGAGUUUUCUCAUUGAGGAAAUAAUCGAUGAUCGGGACGAAGAGGGCAAUAUUGUUGUCGAUCCGGGUGAAUUUUUCAUAUCAGGUGAUAAUAUACAGUACUAUGCAGUUCCUGAACCAAUGCCACCACAAAUGAUUAUGCAGCCAUCGCCAGCGGAUGCUCUGCAAGCCUAUGCCGAAAGUGUUAAUGUGAGCGAAAGCGUUAUUCUGCCAACAAAUUCGACACAAGUUUUUGACCAGUAUGUCGCUGCCCAAUUGAAUUUGGGGGCCACUCAGUUCGGCAUGCCAGCAACAAUGAUUCCUUCGCACGUUAAAAUGGAGCAGCCAGAUGCGAAUGAGUUGUCGAAAGUCGUAAAACAAGAAGGACCCGAAAGGAAUCACAUGCUCUGCAGCAAGGAACGCAAGGAGAAACUGUUGCAGAACAGCCAGCGGAAAAAACCACACACGGCGAAGCGAUGGAAACAAACCAAAGUCCCGAUUCGAAUAACACAGGAUGAGUUCAAUGUUACACUAUGGUCUGCAUUAAAUUCGGAAGACGAAGAUGAAGAGGAUCAAACGGUCGACGAUGAAGAACAAUCGUGCGAACAAAAUAUGACAACAAUUCAAGAAAACACAACCGACUCUGGCGAGGAGAAUCAAAAGUGCAUUGGGGAGACGGAAACGCCGGCGUCACAUGUCACAAAUAGAAUGCUCCUAGAAGACUCAACUAUGAUGCAUGUGAACGAAGGUCUGUCACCGUCGGAAUAUGUCAUUGUUCCCGAUCCUUUCACCGGUGACAUCGUCGAAGAAGAAGUACAAACCGCUGCCGCUGUGGAAGAUAUAAAGUGUGAAGAUACCUCAUUGCAAGAUACAGAAUAUCAAUUACCGAUGGUGCCGUCAUCACCACCACAUCCGCAGGAACUUUUGCAGCCCAAAGAAGAAAAACAGCAAAACUUUGCCGCCACCAGCACCUCCAGAAACAUUCAGCUAGUUGAUUUGACACAACUAAUUACCUUCAAACAACAGAAUUCUGUGGGAGACGUGCCUGCAGUGAAGCUGAAAAGUACCCAAAACCCAAAUAAGCAGCAAAAAAAGUCUCAUGCGACAGUGAACAAUGUCGUAACAACGGUGACAACUGCACCGUCCCCACCAGUGGCAUCCACAGCGCAUCAGACGCCUGCACAGCAAACACAGCCAUCGAGUAUUGUUUCCACAACUACCACCGCCUCAGGGACAGUCACAGUUUUCCGCUGCACAUAUCGCGAUUGUAAUAAAGAAUUUCGAAACCAUUCUGCCAUGCGCAAGCACUCAGCAACACACGGGCCGCGUGGUCAUGUAUGUGCCGAAUGUGGCAAGUCAUUCGUGGAGAGUUCGAAAUUGAAGAGACAUCAACUGGUGCACACGGGCGAGAAACCGUUCGAGUGCACUUUCGAAGGUUGUGGCAAACGCUUCUCCCUUGAUUUCAACCUCCGCACCCAUGUGCGCAUACACACUGGCGAUCGGCCAUAUCACUGUCCCAUAGAGGGAUGUCACAAAUGCUUUGCUCAGUCUACCAACUUGAAGAGUCAUAUGUUGACCCAUUCCAAGCCCAAACGAAAAUGGCCCCGACCAGUAAGUAACAAACCCAUAAUAGCACGCUAUGGUCGCCUAGAAUUGGGAGAAGAUCCAAAUGUUGUAUAUUUGGGAACAGACGAACAAUACGGUCCUAUUUUAGAUAAUUCAUAAAUGUUUUGAAUUUAAAAGGGGCGAACGCAUCACAGUUGUCUGAGGAAUAAUUCACAGCAGUUUUAUCGAUGUAAAAAUCCCAAAUAAUUUGGUAUACAAAUGAAAAUUCACUUAAGCUUCAACAAAAUAAGAAAAAUAGUUUUUUUUCCAUUUACCUUAACCCCGUGCCCCUUUUGCACUCGCCGACUUCCGAAUGCUUAAAAUCUAACUUUACUUUUAAUCAUUUGCCCAAUAAUUAUGCAUAGUUUUCUGAUGAUUUUUCUUUAUGGAUAAACCCCAUUUAGUUAAAUUCUUAAAUUUGAGAAAAAGUAGUAUCUUUUGUUUUCCCCCAUUCAAUUUUUUUUCUGUUUCGGAAAUGAUGAAGAUAACAAUAUUAAGAAUACAAAUAUUUUUACAUAACACAUAGUGUGGUAGCGAUUUGUAAUGUUUUAACUAGAAUGUAAUACCUAUAAUAUAAUAUCUAAUUGUAUUUUUAUAACGGAUCACUGAAUUAAUGAUAAUAAAAUAAAAAUAAAAAUGUAUUGAUAUAACUGAAAUGGAUGUAAUUUGUAAAUAAAAUAUAUUGUAAAAAAUCGA